AUGGCAUCUGAAGCCCACAAUGUUAGAAAACAGAAAGUAUUACAUAUUGAAGGUCAUCCCAUUGAUCUCCCUAGAAAAAGAAUCUCUUCUUCCACUAAAAAGAACAUGAAGGAGGGUAAGAAAUCUCCAAAACAGCUGGCUUCAUACGCGAACAGAAUAACAGUUGGAAAAACGGUGACCAGUCCCCUCUCUCUUUUCAAAGUAGUGUAUUGUAAAAGAAAAGUUUGUUGUUAUACUCCUAAGCCUUGUUACAGAAAGAAACAGUUCCCUAAAUCUAGGGGCUGUGACAUGGCAAAUAAAGAAAAUGAACUGGCUUGUGCAGGGAAUCUGCCAGCAAAACUGCACAACGACAGUCGUACGCACUUGCUGAAUUCUAGUGACUCUGGCUCAUCUCAAACAGAAGGCUCCUCAUCCAAAUAUAGUGGAUUUUUUUCAGAGGUUUCUCAGGACCAUGAAACUAUGGCUCAAGUUCUUUUCAGAAGGCUGAACGUAGCUUUAACCUUUUGGCGAAGGAGAAGUAUAAGUGAACUGGUAGCCUACUUAGUGAGGAUACAGGAUCUUGGAGUAGUAGUAGACUGCCUUCCUGUGCUUACAAACAGUUUACAGGAAGAAAAACCAUAUAUUUCAGUUGGCUGCUGUGUAGAUCUUUUGCCUUUAGUGAAAUCACUGCUGAAAAGCAAAUAUGAAGAAUAUGUGAUAGUUGGUUUAAACUGGCUUCAAGCUGUCAUUAAAAGAUGGUGGUCAGAACUAUCUGCACAUACAGAAAAGGCAGAGGAUGGAAAUAUUCAUAUUUUAAAACAGCAAUUAAGUGGAUUAUGGGAACAGGAGAAUCAUCUUACUCUGGUUCCAGGAUAUACUGGUAAUAUAGCUAAGGAUGUAAAUGCUUAUUUAUUACAGCUACACUGACAUGAUUGGGAAAUUAUGUGUGCUUAUGAGGUGAAACAAUCCCCUAAAGUAUCCCUGAAAUAUGUACUGUUUCUGAAAGCCUUUUAAGAAAUACUGGCAGAAGAGAACUGAACUGUCGAGCUGUUUAAUGAAACCACUAACAAAAUCCUAACAAUCUACUUCACAUUGAAGUGGAAAAAUGUUUAGCAGGAGCAACUUUUACUUCAAUGAGGUGAAAGUGCACUAUGAAAACUGUAUGCCUUUGCUGCAUUUGGGAUUCACUCAGUUGCUAGGUAUUCAUUGAAAUGCUACUGUAUUUUACUACAACAUCGCAUAAAAGACGACGAAUUAAACUGUCAUGAAGAGAAGACAGCAGAACCAGUUAUGAGGAACCAACUAAAGCAAUCAGCAUUAAGAGCUUUUAAAUGUUUCUUUCACAAGAGAACUCCAAAAUGCACAACUAUCUUCCAGUUAUGUUUAAAAAACCUUUGGAAUAUUCAGUUACUUCUAUGUUUUAA